GCCCCCUACCGAUUCCGGCCAUUUUGGAUAUUGCGGCGAUUCUGCAGAUUUUCUUCAAAUCAACACAUGAAAUUGAAUUUGCAUAUUACGUACCGUGUCCGUUGUAAAACGAGUCAACCCUGUUGAAUAUUAUUGAGGUUUCCUCAUCAUUUUUAUAUUGAAUGACAUUUUUGCGACAUGGCAACUGCCAAAGUUGAUCAAAACUCGAGUAAUCAUCACUCCAUUCCAAUGGAUGGUAUGAAGUCUGGCAACAGUGAUGGUAAUAGUGACCAAGGAUGGAAGAGUAAAUUGAAUCUUCCACCUAAAGAUACCCGUUUAAAGACAACAGAUGUUACAAACACUAAAGGAAACGAGUUCGAGGACUUUUGUCUCAAGAGAGAACUCCUUAUGGGUAUUUUUGAAAAAGGCUGGGAACAACCAUCACCCAUUCAGGAGGCUAGCAUCCCUAUUGCCCUUACAGGGCGUGAUAUUUUAGCUCGAGCUAAGAAUGGUACUGGAAAGACUGGAGCCUAUACUAUCCCAAUCAUAGAGAGAUGUGACCCCACUCGCAACGAGGUACAAGCCCUUGUAAUAGUACCCACCCGAGAGUUGGCUCUACAGACCAGUCAGAUAUGUAUUGAAAUAAGUAAACACAUAGGAUGUAAAGUGAUGGUCACAACAGGAGGCACAAACCUAAAGGACGACAUUAUGAGAUUAUAUGAACCAGUUCACAUUAUCAUAGCCACACCAGGCAGAAUUCUAGACUUGAUGAACAAACGAUUAGUAAAGAUUGGAAAGUGUGGCAUGCUGGUUCUGGAUGAGGCGGACAAACUGCUGUCUCAGGAUUUUAAGGGGAUGUUGGACAAUAUAAUCAGCCAUCUACCCAACAAUAGACAGAUACUCCUGUACUCUGCUACCUUUCCCCUCAGCGUUGAGCAGUUUAUGAGGAAGCACCUUGACAGUCCCUAUGAAAUCAAUUUGAUGGAUGAGCUGACAUUGAAGGGAGUUACACAGUAUUAUGCUUUUGUCCAGGAGAAACAGAAGGUCCACUGUCUCAACACAUUGUUCUCAAAGUUACAAAUCAACCAGUCUAUUAUCUUUUGUAACUCCACAAAUCGUGUAGAACUUCUUGCCAAAAAGAUCACAGAACUUGGUUACUCCUGUUUCUACAUCCAUGCUAAGAUGAACCAGCAGCACAGAAACCGAGUGUUUCACGACUUCAGACAAGGACUCUGUAGGAAUCUUGUAUGUUCAGAUUUGUUCACGAGGGGAAUUGACAUCCAGGCGGUGAACGUUGUCAUUAACUUUGACUUCCCCAAGCAUUCAGAAACAUACCUCCACAGGAUCGGUAGAUCUGGUCGAUACGGCCACCUUGGAGUCGCCAUCAACCUCAUCACUUACGAUGACAGGUUUUCGUUACACAGAAUUGAGAGUGAGCUGGGCACAGAGAUCAAACCAAUCCCAAAGAAUAUAGACAAAUCCUUGUAUGUGGCCGAGUUCCACCAGGAAAGGGACGACGACGAUGACGUCCCACGGAACUCGAACGGGGCUAAAGGCGGGCAGUGACCACCCCCACAGUUAUCUGACCAACAUUUCCCCAGGUCACCAACAUGCUUUGAACUGUAGUACAGACAGCUAUGUUUUCCUGGCAGAUGAAUCAUAAUGGCAGAUUUAUUUAAAAAGUUAUUUUGAGCUGAUAUUAUCGGCUCAUUCAUGAAGAAGAUAACUUGCAGGAAGUCGGUGUUUUCUAAGUUUCAGCUGACUUUCGACUGGCAGACAUUAGUUGUUUUCAAAUGUGUACAUGUCGGCCUACUAGGUAUGGUGUACUGUAGGGACGCCUUACCACACUGGAUUCCAUCCCUAUAAUACUGUAUGUGCUUAAUGAGGAUGGUAUUUUUGUCCAAAAAAGUAGUGCUCAUUUCAAAAUGUGUCCAGACAAAAGAAUUUCUUGAUUUCUCUGUUGUCUAGAUGAAUAAGUGCUCCUAGAUUUUUGUCUACAUUUAUGUUCUCAGUGCUUUGUCUGGAAAUGUCUUUUUAGCAUCAUGUUAUAUGCUCAGUUUUAAGCAGUUGUGAACCCCAGAAACCACAAACAAAUCUGAACGAAUAAUCUAGAAAUUUUGUUGAAAAUGGAGGUAAAAAUAUUAACUUUGCACCUCGUGGGUAUCAACUGCAAUGCCUAGUAAACAUUUUAAAGAGAAACGGAAUGCUGAAACCAAACAAUAAUUACAAGAAUUGUGAGAAAGGGGUUGUAGCUUGUUGUUGGCCAUUUUUGGCUUAUCGGGGAGACAAUGAGACAAAAUACUGAGGAUAUGAUGUUGAUAACGGGGGAAAAGAUUGUAUAAUUAUUGUUUAUGAUUUUGUACAGUUAUAGGCAGGUCAGACCUAUCUGCCUGUUUUGGAAGCUGCUUAGUAGCAACCAUCAUAUCAAUAUUUGUCCAGAUAGGACAAUUGUUUUGUUAAGUGAACAUUCUGUCAGUGACGAUUUGUUGCUGGUCUGUUCAAUCAGAGCCAGCUCAUUCAAUGUAGAACCCCUUCCACUACUGCCAACUCAUAUCACCAACAUAGAAACCAUGACUGUAUGUGUUCAGUGUGAGAGCGAGAGAGCAAGAUGUAUGAAUGUAUCGAAGCAGAAUUUGUGAUACAUUGGUUUGAAAUGUGUCGGAAGAUCAGAAAUAAUUCUGAGUUAUAUAUUAACUAAAACAGAAAAAAAUUUGCAUAAAAACAAUCCAGUAGAUCUGUGUUGCCCAGAGCAUUCGAGAAUAUGCGUGUUUUCACACACCACUAUUAUAUAAAUUUUACCAAAAAUCCAGAUUUGCAACUUUCCAUCUAAUGGGCUUCACCACCUUGAUAGGUUUUAAUGGUCCUGUAAUAUGGAUAUUUCAAAGAAAAUCUCCAGAUUUUCUUGGUAUAUUUGACAAAAAGUGUUGAUUUUACUGCAAGAUAAAUACAAGCACACAUUUUACUGAUCUAUUCAGAAGAAUUUUGAACAUAAAUCUGAUACCUUAUAUAAAUCUUACAUUUUGAUUAUAUCUCCCGGAUUUAAAAACAGAUGAGGAAAAACUAGAGAUAUGUUUGCAAGUCAAUAGCCACGUUGUACUAGUUAAUUUUACCAACUGAUCAUGUUUUUGCAAAUGGUGUUUUAUAGAGGGAGAUGGAUUUUGUUCAUGCUAUGCUUAAGUAGUAUUAAAAGUGAUUAUUUAUAGUUCCAUUUUCUAUACAAGGACUAAUUUAAUGUUCAUUUUUAAAUUCAGUAAAUUUGACUACAAUAUUGUAUUUUGAAAAUCCUCACAAAGUAAUUAAUAUAAAACGUGUCAGAAAAUGAUUUUGUGCUCAAGAUUUUAAUUUCCUGCAUGAUGUAGACUUGUUUAGAUUUCUUGGCCAUCCUCCACUUUAUUCCUAAUGUAUCGGGCUUUGGAUCAGAUAAUGUAUCGGGAAGGAGAGGUGUACAUAUGUAUCUAUACACUGCAGUAAGGAAAGGACAUGUUAUCGAGUUAAAUUUACAGUCCUCGUAGAAAUAUAUCCCCAGAUACAGUCUCCCUCUAAAAAAUUGAUGGUCCAUUUUCAUGUUUGAGGAGGAAGUUUUUUUCGCCAGAUUUUGGAUGACGUGAUACAGUUUUAUUGAAACGUUCAGAUUCUAGUGUAUGGCCAUAUAUGUAUUCUAUUUGACUGCUUGGAAUUAUUAUUACACAAAUAUUUUUUUUACACUUCGGAGAUGAUUUUAAAACAAAAACAUGGCAGCUAUUUUCAUGUAGAUAUACUGGAAUCUAAAUAGCAACAAAACCCAAUGCUAAGUAGGGUUCUUUAAAAAGUAAUUUAGCAAAAAAUGAAAAGUUAAGUUUAUAUCGUCCGACACAAUUUCUGAGAUUUAUUUAUACAAUCAAACCAUGCUGUAUUAUAAGGUAAGCUGAAGAUUUGUGAUGGGAAUGUGUUGGCAUUGUGGGAGAGUGUGUCAUGCGUCUGUACAUAAGUCAUCACACAACUUAAUCAUUGCAGAUUGCCUCAGAGUUAUAUUUAUACAUUAUCAUCUGGAAAUAAUUAUAAUAUGCAACGACUGAUGGUAUUCUAGACAUAAUGGUCGUUGAUAUGGAGAAGUGUGAAGAACCUGCUGGCAAACAUCUUAACACAGCUUCGUUUGUCUGGAGUGUAGCCAGCAUUGUUAAUGUGCCAGUCAGGCUGAUGUUUUGUCGAAAACCGUUUAAGCUGUUCUAGGAAAUCUGUUCUUCUUAAAGGAAGAAGGAAGCAAGUGUUGGUGUUUUCUCCAUAAACAGUUUAGCCAUUAAAAGCUUUGGAAAAAUCAGGAGCCACGUCAAAGUUGUUCAAAUCAGAAAAUUUCAGUUGAUAGAAACAAAAGAAAAAUAGCCAAGUGGGUUGUCUUUGAUUACUGGUUACCGGAAGUGGACAAUGAGAGGUUUUCCAGCGAUUUAUGGUGAUUUGGACACAGGACUGGACAGACAAUGGAGUAUAAUUAAAUUUUCAUCAAUAACUUCACAAAAGAUUUGUGUUCUACAUUGAAGCAGGGAGUCUGCGCUGGCUCGGAGUUGUCGAGGGUCUUACCCAACAACCUCCUAGCUUGUCCUAUGGGAAGUCCAGAUAGAGACUGGCAUUAAAUGUUUAUAGGCAGCUUACACACCCAGGAAUCCUCCGCCUGGAUCUGCCCGCACUAAAGGUCACCAGGAUUGUCUUCUUGUAACCCAUAUUGACAAGGUCAUACGUCAAGUGGGUCCUUACUGAAGAGUAGAUAGCCAUUAUUGACCUUUGACAUGGAUGCCAAAACUAAACUACACAGAAUACAUUGAUGUAAAAAAAAAAUAGUUUCCCAUUUGGGAGAUUGUUCUGUGCUCAGAUGAAAAAAAGCAGGGAUAUGUUUGAAGUGUGAUUGUGUUAUGUAGUUAUGUAAGAGUUUGAUGUUAGAUUUGAUAGUAUGUUAAUUUGGAGUAUAUGUUAAUUACAGCUGUGCAGGAGUGAGUGUGGGGUUAGAUAUGAUACUGUGUUAAUUACGAGUAUAAGCUAAUUACAGUUGUACUGGUGCGAGUGCGUUGCUGGAUUUGAUAUUGUGCUAAUUAUGAGUAUUGGCUAAUUACAGUUGUACUGGUGUGAGUGUGGUUAGAUUUGAUAGUGUUCUAAUUGAGAUUAUUAGCUAAUUACAGUUGUGCAGCAGUGAGUGUGGUUAGAUUUGAAAUUGUGCUUAUUACAAGUACAUGUAUUAGUUAAUUACAGAGUAUAGUGUGUGGUUAGAAUUGAUUGUUGGCUAAUUACGAGUAUUAGCUAAUUACGGAGGCGAGUGUGUGGUUAGAAUUGAUUGUGGGCUAAUUACGAGUAUUAGCUAAUUACGGAGGUGAGUGUUUGAUGCAACAAUUUAGUGGUGUGUGCACAUGUAACUGAUAUUCUGCUGCUCUGCAGAAAAUAUAUUGUGUUGGAUCUGUUCUAUAAGAUUGACUUGAAUCAAGAAUGUAGCGAUUUUUUUUUUUUUUAAUCUUUCUUUCACUUAUAUUCGUGUCAAUCGAAAAUAGGUCAGAGGUUAUAUUAAAGAAGGGUGGGAUACUAUCAUACAUGAUUAAGAUAUUUAUUUUUAUUAAGUUAUCAAUUUGUAAAGAAACGGUUUAUAAAACCUUUAAAACACUAUUGAGUUUUCUAAUUUUCGUUUGGUUCAGAGGAUACUGAAUCCUUUUUAACUAAUAAGGAAGUAAACCAAGUUUUAAUAUAUGGACUGAAAUUCUUUUUAAGCUUGUAAGGAGACAUUAAUAGGAGAGGGGAGGCACGUCAGUAUUUUGAUUAUUGGAACAGGGUGAUUUUUAAAAAGUUUCGUUUUCAUAGGAAAGGCAGGAAACUUAAGAAAUUCAAAUGUGCCCACCUUACUAAGCUCGUAAACAAAAUACACAGCUAGACCGGCAUAUACGUGAUCGGAUGUCAAUGUUGAUCCUUCAUUUGAUAUUUUAAGAUUCUCUUGUUUGAGUUUUCCCUAUAUUUCUUUAGGUAGAGGACACGAACGAUAAAGUUGUUAAAACAUUUGACUUGUUGGUGAGUGUGACUCGAGUGUAUACUGUGGAAUAUCUAGUGACAGCUCUUAACAGAAUAUCUUAAUUUUAACACAAAUCUGCUUAAAAAGUUUGAAAUAUACUGUGUGUUAUAAACAGGUUUUUCUUCGCACUUCAAAGUAAGAUAUCACCAGGAAAUUCUUUCUAACCAACUACCUGCUGUCACCUGCUAAUUGAGGUUUACGCAGAACUAAGUUGUCUUGAGAAAUAUCUUUUCAAAUGUGUUAGGCUAUAUUUUUUCUGCUCACGUAUUCCCAUGCUUUGAUUUUAUAAAUAGACAACAGAACAGGUGCUUUCAGUGCUUUCCAAGUGGUAUAAACAGAUGCAAGGCGACUAUGAAAUCUUGUUACAGAAUUACACAAACAAUGGCUGUUAAGUAAUAUUAGCUAGCAAGUCAACAGGUAUGGAUAUCAUUAAACUCAACAGUCCAGUGACUUAUUGUGAAAUAAUCUACGUUGAUAACAUCCUAGUCACAUAAAUAUUUGUUCCACCCAAAGCGUAGCACCAUUAUCCAUUCGGUGUAUCCAGAACAGGUUUAAAGGCAAUUAUAAAUAAAUACUAAGCUUUAAAGAAAGUCAUGAUAAACAUAAUGCUUUAGAGCCAGUAGAAGGAUCUUCUGUAUAUUGGGGUUGGAAGGGAUACUUAUGGUGUUGGUUUGAAGCUAGUUGGAGAAUCAUUUACUCGUAUCGGCCUGAAAAAGUAUUGUUUGGUCAGGGUGGUUUUGGCUUUUAAUGUCGCUAUUUUCUGUGUGACAGAUGAAUAAUUUCAGAAAUAUCCCGACAUCACUGCCACUGAUCUUAUGGUUUAGGUGAAGCUAGCAAGCCAGGAGUGUUUCAGACAUCCGGCCUCGUUCUGUUGUCUUGUAAAAUCUUCAGCCUUAAAACAGUCGCUUCAUUAUAAUUUGCUGUACAAUCAACUAGAAGGUUGUGUCAAAUAUUGCUGCAAAAAUGAGUUUUCAUUAGGAAUAAGCUGCUAAAAUAUAGGGAAGGGAUUUUCUUAAUGAGGAUAGGGGUUAAAAUAAAUCUGAAGAAAAAUGAUGAUGAAGGUGUGUGUUAGUAGUGACGAACUAGUCAUAGGUUAUCAGACUUAUACGUCUGUAAGCAUUAUGUAACAGACUUUGCACUGUUUGUACUGUUCCAUUUAGAGUGACUGGUGCAAUUUACAUUGCAAAGAACGUCUUGUUGAUUGUAUUUCAACUUUAUUUAUUGCUGUUGUACAAUUGAUGUGCAAUUUUUUGUUUAGUAGUGAUAUUUUACCCCUGCUGUGACAAAUCAAAGAAUUCCACCCUGUUAAUCUAAUAAUAGAACAUGAUCUCGGCCAAUACCAAGUCAGUAUUUUGGAUGUAUGGAUCAGUGCUUGUAGAAGUUCUAUAACUGAUACAUAGGCCAAAACAAAAUUGUUCCCUGGUUUGUCAUAGCACUUGGGACCAACUAUUGUUAAAUCUCCAAUGUGCAAGUACCUAUUUCUAUGAUUUGAAUGUGUAUUUUGAGAAGAGUGAGUUGAAAAUGAUUGUUUCUGUAUACAACACAGCUUUAUUUAGUUCUGUACCUUUUUCAAUAGUUGGAGAUUUUACAUUGUGUAGAGAUGAUGCCCUCGGUAAAACUGAGCCCAUCUUUUUGCCGUGCGGACCAAACACCUUGCCAAGUUACGACGUAGGUUGUUCAAAGGCUUUGUACUGAUGAGUUUACGGAGAAUGUGCUGGUUAUGCUUGUUUAUGUAGACAAGGCAACAACUCCUACACGUGAGACACCUUACUCUGAAUCGUCCUAUAACAAGGUCAGUACUAGGCUUAUUUGGUAACCAUGGAAACGCCAAUUUAUAAGAUAGGAAGCGAUGAUUAAUCAGUAGGGCAAGUACACACAAAAUGUGUCUUGUUCUUUUUUGUGCUUUUCAAAAUGGAUAUCAUUAUACUUAUUUCUGGAAUCAUUUAGGCCUUUGAGCUGAAUCUUGUUGGCAGACUAAGGUUGUUAGCAUGGUGUUUGGUCUAAACUGAAGCCUUCCUUACCCACAAUGUCACACAGUGGAUUCUACUCUGGGACCUGGUCAUUUGUGUUUGUGGGUAGAGAAGGUCACCUUUUUUUUCCCCAAGAUUUAUAAUCUUCUCGUACUGGCAAAAUCAAACCUUAAAACAGCCACGGUGUUCAAGAGACCAGUUGGUGUGUAGCGGUAUCAAAAUGUAAAAUUGGAAUUAAUCACUGUUUCAAAAGGUCCAAGAGACCUGUAGGUCUUAGAUAACAUCAAGUGGCUAAUGUAGUCACUGGGUUUUUUAGGGUUUGAGUUUUGCAUGAACAAAAGAUCUGUUUUGAAGAAAUUUUCAGCUUCAAAACUGAUACAAUGUCACUAUUAUUGUGUAAAAGUAGCAUGACAUGGAUGGAGUCCUGCUUCCAGAGAUACACUGGUGGGGAAUUGUCUCCGCACCAGGGUUCCUCAAACUACUGUCCGCAUGUACAAAAGCAUUCUCAAAAAUUAUAAAUUGUGCAAAAUUACAAUAAUGUGAAGAUUUUUCCACUGCACAAUUUCAAACUGGUAAAUCAAUCAAGAAAACUUUUCCCCACCACGGGUUAUAGCCGCGUACUUGCAGAUAGUAGUUAUAUAAAUAUUAGCAUUUCUCUUUCAAUGUAUUGCACAACCAUCUGUGACUACUAAAUGGGCAGUAUGUUCAAAGUGAAAUACUUUACAUUCCAAUCUACAUAUAUCUGUACCUUUGGUCCAAGUACUGGAUUAAAUGUCUGGAGAUGUAGUGAGGUAAUGUAUACUUGGUAACGAAAUGUUUCUGUAGAGGGACAUUUGAUUACCUCCAUCUGUACAGCGGUCGGCCAAGGUUGCGUAGUAAGAACUGGAAUCCUUGGCCGGCUGCUGUAGUCCUCCCAGAUGGCUCUUGUGUUGGUUACCAUCAUCACGCCCUUGUAUAAGCUCCCUGAAAAUGUUAAGUGCCUGAUCCAGACGGUACUGGAAUAGUUGAGGAUCAGGAAAAGCGAAACUUCACUUAUGAGGGAAUAAUGAGUAUAUUAAAUGACUUUUGGGGGUGUACAAUAGUUGAUGAUUUCUCAGACUUUUGUUUGGGAAUGAACUUGUAACACUUCCUUUAAGUUGGUGUGUAUUGUUACUACAAUCAAGGGAAGCUGAUGUGGUACUCCAAGUACUGUUUUGUCAGAACAGCAUGGAGGCUUGAUGGUUGGAGAAUCUUGUUUUAUUUGAAACAAUCUUGUUUUUAAAUCUUGAUAAUGAUUUGUAUCAUUAUUUAAGUAAAGAUUUGUAAUUUUUCACACGUAAUGUACAGAAAUACAUUAUGACAUACAUAUUAAAGAUCUACCACCGAAGUUUGUAUUGGAGUCAUUGUGAGAAAUUGAGGUUACUUCAUGUUUGAUGUUUGUGUUGCACAUGCAUAUCAUGUAAAUCUUCAGGACUAGAAAGCGAAGGAACAUUGUAUUGCUUCAAACAAAACAAAUUUUCUUUUUCCAAUUUCAAUCAAAGACAGUAUUUUCUAAAGUUACAUGUGUACUUUGAAAAUGCUGUCUUUUUAAGAACAAAGAUAAACAGACAUCUUUUUGAUGAUAUGUACCAUGAUUUUUAUGUUUGAAAUAAUUCAUUGUUAUAUUUUUAUUCCGUUUUUUUGAGAAAAUCUACAUUAAGAAAGUUGAAAUAUUAUGGAAAUGUUAUCAGCGAUAUUGUUGUCAAAUUAAAUGUAUUAUUAUUUUGUAGUGAAUUUCCAAUUCUGAUUAUGUUUUUUAGAUUUAAUAAAUUUUGAUUUUAUAGCAAAUAUAUCAACACUACAGUUUCAAUAACAUUCCUUAAUUAUUAAAAGUCCCGAAAGAAAUGUUAUUUUGCAUGAAAAUCAAUUUUAUAUGAAUUAGAAAUUUUGAAGAAAAAAAACUGUUUACACUAUCCUCAACACAUUGAAACAUGUACUAUCCACCACAGCCAUCACACGGUACGAACCGUUGCAGCUGCCGCACGGUACGGUCGAUUACAGCCACCGCACGGUACGGUCAGUUAAUGUUACAGCUUGUACAGUGUGACUGGCGCGUGUUUCAGUGUCAGCAUUGUUAGUGCCUUAUUGUGUUAUUCCAUGGUACAUGAUUAUUAAAUAAGUGAAAUCUGA